ACGCGCAGCAAUACGGACCGGUUGCGCAGCGUCAGAAAGCGGCAAUCUGGCGGGCUGUAACCAAACAACAACCGUACACCGAAAUAUUGCAUCGGCAUUAACGAUUGAAUAAUGGUGUUAAGUUCUAGGGUUCUCAUCCAAUCGAUUGCAUGCCGACUUGACCGUGGACGGUAUAGCAUUUGUCCCUCUGUUUGAAGCCCGCCUGUUGCCGCUCCUUCCUCGUGUCAGCAAGCAUUAACGCGUUACAUUCUAUCGCGAUAAAGGAGAAAGGUAAAAAUCACCUGUAACAGGAACAAGAGCCAGCGUAGUAAGUGGGCAAACCAAAAUAAAGAAAUAAAAAAAAACCAUCGAGAAGCCACACGAAUACGCACUAACAUUCAUACACGAAAGGACACAUUGUACGCAAGCGCCGGAAUCAACACGCUUCCCUCUGUACGGUCAGUCUGACGCCUUUAACCGGUCUUCCAUUCUGUUUUGUUCGUUGUUAUGCUCGUUGUUGGCAGUAUUGUUUUGAUACAUCGAUGCGUUUACGACGGUGCCUGUGGCGUUCCGAAUCUGGCAGUUUGAGUGAAUCAUGAAAAAAAUAAUUCCUUAUAAAGUGCAUUUAUACGAGUGAAGUGGUUCAAAAGGCUCCGUAUUUGUGUGUUUGUCAAAGUGUGUUGCAGUUUUUGAAAGUUAUCCUCGCAUCGUGUAAUAAGCUCCGGCGCGUGAAAGUGUAUCAGAAGUGAGAAAGGAAAGGGGGGAAGCGAGUUUCCAGCAAGGAAAUCCCCCGAGUGCGUGAGUCAUCGCUUCCGCCAAAACGGAAAGGAUAUCCUUUCAUGUGUAUAAAGCGACCGAAUGGUGUAUGUGUAUCUGUAUGAGUGGAUUCCAGUUAGCUGCCAGGAAGUGACGUGAGACGAUACUCACACAAACGAAACGCCGCGCUGGCGCCAAUCAGCUGAUACGUCAAUUGGUAGUGGUGUACGGCAAGUGUCUGCAAACGUGUUCCCCCGUGUUAGUGCGUGCAAUAGCAAGAAAGCAUAGUGUGUAUAAUAUUUUAAAUUUACCAACCAAAAGAAAAUAAAAAUAAAAAUAAAAAUACGGCCAUCUUAUGUACGUGUGUGUUCUUUGUGCAAAAUAGUUUAAAUUAGUGAAGCCCGUUUUGUGCAUUUAAUCAACAGUGAAAGUGAGCGCUACUGCUUACUACUACUGCCAGUAAGCGUGCAAUAAGUGUAUCAUAUGAAAGCCUCUGCUGUGCCGUUUGCCUCUUUCCCAAUGGAAAGGAUAAUGUGGCUGCACAGUCCUGGAAGCAAUAGCUGGCCGAGGGUAUUUCGGAUAGCGGGAUUCAGCUUAACGGUCCAAUUUCUAAUGCUCACGAUAGUCAUAGCAAUCGUGGCCAAGCCAAUCGGGCGGGAGCGACGGUCCGAAGCCAAAUUCUGGGACUACGACGACAGCGUGCAAAAGUACUUGAUGCAAUUCGGAUACUUGGAAAAAUCAAACAUCGAAACGGGAAAUCUACGAACGAUCGAAGAACUGGAGCAAGCGGUUCGUUCGCUUCAGAGAUUCGGAGGUCUCAAGGAAACCGGAACGGUCGACGAGGAGACGCUCGCACUGAUGCAAAGGCCACGCUGCGGUGCUCCGGACGAUAAAGAUUCGCUAGACUUCCGGCCAUCGUACGAAGUGCGCCUGAAGCGGUCUCGGUCCCGACGGUACGUCAUCCAGGGUCAGAAGUGGCAGAAUCCCAUCGUAACUUACAGUUUGGUGAAUCAAACGAUGUCCGAUUUGGAUGCGGGACAGGUCCGGCGGAUACUGCACGAGGCGCUCGGGCUUUGGGCACAGCACGCGAACAUAAACUUCCGCGAGGUGUACAGCACGGACGCCGACAUACAGGUCAUGUUUGCGCGCAAAUUCCACGGCGACGGCUAUAACUUUGACGGCCCCGGUAAGAUUCUCGCUCACGCCUUCUAUCCCGGCACGGGCAUUGGAGGGGACGCUCACUUCGAUGCGGACGAGAAGUGGCUGCUAAAUGAACCGCUCGAUGCAGAAGGCACACGGCUUUUCGAUGUGGCGGUACACGAGUUCGGCCACUCGCUGGGGCUUGGUCACUCGUCGCAGCAGGAUGCCAUCAUGUUCCCGUGGCACCACAUCUCGUACCGCGGCAAGGACACAAUCCCGGAGGACGAUCGGCUCGGCAUCCAAUCGAUCUAUGGACCGCGCAAGAAGAUCUACGGCAAAAACCCGGAACGUCAUACGCCGAGCACAACGACCACGACCACCACCACGACACCGGCGCCACCGCCAAGGCCAACGACACGGCCCUACUAUCCCGUCAAGAACACGACGGGCCACCCAUGGGAAGGACUGUAUCCGCACGGUCGUCCUUACACUACGCGAAGGACUACCACCACUACCACCACCGAGCGAAGUCACCAUCGAGGAGAUGAGGAAACCCGACAUCGAACGCAACAUCCUGCAACGACGGAAACGACCACCGUACGGCAUCGGCCCCAUCACAGACCUCAUCAUCGAACAACCACGACGACAGCGAUGACAACGACCACCACAACCACAACACGCCGACCUUACCGUCAUCGGACGACGAUCCACCCGAACCCAUGCAACACCAGCUUCGACGCGAUCACGCUGAUCCGCAACGAGCUGUUCAUCUUCAAGGAUCGCUGGCUGUGGCGCAUGAACGAGAACGAUCUGCACCGGCCGACCCCGUUCGAGAUCCAUCGCAUGUUCUUCGGGCUGCCGGCGGACUUCGAGCGCAUCGACACGGUGUACGAGAACAAGCAUCAGAAGAUCAUCUUCUUCAUUGGCAAGCAAUACUACGUGUUCAACUCACAGUACCUCGAGCCGGGGUACCCGAGACCACUGACCGAUCUCGGGCUGCCAGACAGCAUCGAGCGGAUCGAUGCGGCACUGGUGUGGAGUCACAACAAUCGCACCUACCUGUACAGUGGUCGACUCUACUGGAAAUUCGACGAAGACACGAACCGCGUCGAGCUCGACUACCCUCGCGACAUGUCCAUGUGGAGGGGCAUCGGGUACAACAUCGACUCCGCGUUCCAGUACCGCGACGGCAAGACGUACUUCUUCAAGGGCCGUGGCUACUGGCGGUUCAACGAUAUGAACAUGAGCAUUGCGCACGAGUACCAGAAGUCGUCCGCCCGGCGAUGGAUGAAGUGCCACGAGCGGCUGCUGCUGAACGAUCUGGACGAGGAUAUCGAUGUACCGCCGACCGUCGUCCAUACGGCCGGUGUUGGCACCAGCCGGGGUACGAGCCUUGGACGAAGCGAUGGCUAUGCGCCCGAUACGAUACUGCUGUUAGUGUCCUGCUGCCUGGUAGCGGUGGUUUUGUCCCACUUUUCCAAACAUUACGCUUAGAGCAGUGAUUAGGGGUGUGCGAUGAGAGUGGAGAUGAAAUGAUGAGGUUUUUUUGUUUUUUUUUUUUGGGUGCAUUCCCAUUCAGACGGUUUGUUUCAGAGGUGCCACACUUUCUUGACUAUUGUAUGGCAAGUGAUACUUUUGGCGCGUGCUGGUGAUAAAGCUUUAAUCAACUGUAUAUGACAGGUAAAAGGGGAGAGUCUGGUGAUACAGUCGACAACGUCAGUGCGACUUAAUAACAUGCCCGUCAUGGUUUCAAACCCGUCGUAUGGACCCCCCGUAGCCAAGGACUGACUAUCCUAUCCGACUGCCUGCUACACUAAAUAAUUCUCGAUUUCGGAAUAUUCUGUAUUUUCCGCCAUGACCCCGUAGCGUUAGGUCAUUAGGUCAGCAUGCCCAAUAAAAGUCCUGGCACCUCUGGAACCUAUAUUGGUACUGUUCAGCUUAGCAAUAAUUCCCUCAAAACCCCAGAACGAGAGUAUAAGGGAUCAUCGAUUAAGUACGUAAUGUCAAUAAAAAGUUUUUUAUCCUUAUUCUCCCUCCGCCCUUUAAGAGCAUUACGUAAUUGAUGGAUGCACCCUUACUUAAUGUCCCCAAGCGUUUAGGAGAAGAAUACCCAGAUGCGCUCUCAAUGCUUGGCAAAUAGCUCUCUUCUCACAUCUUUCAUCUCUCCUGUGAUCGGUUUCAUGCUAGAGGGCUGAGGCUGAGGGCAAAGGAUUUGUGAAAUUAUAG